UCCACAAACCGUUCUGUGGACCAACAUGGAUUCAUCUCCACCACCCUUCGACAACGCCGGCGAAAUCACCGGCAGCAACUCCGUCAAAAUAAGCCAAACUUCAAAUAAAGUUACCGCUACAAACUCCAUCGACGACGCCAUAGAACGCUGCAUGUCCCCCUCCCGCGGCGGUCUCUCUCAUCUCAUCUUCCCCUUCUUCGCCAUCUUCACCUCCAUCUUCGACGGCCAACAAAUCUUCGUUAAUGUCUUCUCCGAUUCUCAACCGCCAUGGCACUGCACCUCCCCCAGUUGCAAUAAUGUCACUACCUCCCUUUCCGCACCCUGUAAUCUCCCCUCCUCCUCCUGGUCCCCCUCCCUACCCCGCCACAUCUCCACCAUCUCCGACUUCUCUCUAGAGUGCUCCUCCCCUGUUCUCCUCGCACUCCCGGCCUCCUCCUUCUUCGCCGGCUGCGUUAUCGGCGGCCUCCUCCUCGCCACCCUCGCUGAUUCCCGCUUAGGCCGCAAGCGGUCCCUCGUUCUCUCCUCCUUAACCAUGUCUCUCGCCGCCGCGCUCACCGCCUUCUCCCCCAACCUCGUCAUUUACGCCGUCCUACGCUUCGCCUGUGGUUUCGCCCGCUCGAAUGUCGGCAACUCCGCCUUCGUUCUCUCCUCCGAACUCGUCCCUCGCCGCCACCGAAACCACAUUAACAUACUCAGCUACAUCUUCUACGAUAUAGGCUUCCUCUCCCUCCCUAUCAUUGCUUUUUUAAACAGAGCAUCCUCAUGGAGACUGCUCUAUCUCUACAUCUCCAUCCCCCCAUUCAUUUACAGCAUUUUUCUCCAUUUCUUCAUGAUUGAAUCUCCGCGCUGGCUUCUCGUCAAGGGCAGGAGACAAGAAGCCAUUGAAACGCUGAAAAAGCUCUCAUCUUUAAAAGAAACAGAGAGUUUCUCAGACUUGCCAGUGUUGUCCCCUGAAGAAACAGAGUCAGAAGGAUUAUACUCCGCGGCGAUGAGAUUGUGGGAAAAGCGGUGGGCUUUGAGGCGAUUGGGAAUAAUUAUGGCGGUGAGCUUUGGAAUCGGAAUGAUGUACUACGGAAUGCCGCUCAGUCUCGGGAAUCUCAACGCCAAUCUUUAUCUGAGUGUGGCGCUGAACGCGGUGGCAGAGUUUCCAUCCGCCUGUAUCGCCUUCCUUCUGGUUAAUAAGGUCAGCCGACGGGGAUCGAUGAUGGGGCUAACGAUCGUGACGGGAGGAUUUAGCCUUGCUUGUAUGGCGGCGUGGGGCGGCAGUUGGCCGGAGAUGGUAUUGGAAUUAGCAGCAUUUUUCGGAGGUUGCACGGCGUUUAAUAUUUUGCUGAUUUACGCCAUGGAACUGUUUCCGACGUGUGUUAGGAGCUCGGCGAUUGCGGUGGUGAGGCAGGCGGUGGUGCUCGGCGGGGUUGCGGCGCCGGCGUUGGUGGCGGCGGGGAGGAGGAGGAGGUUUCUUUCGUUUGGGGUGUUUGGGAUAGUGAUUAUUGUUGGUGGGGGGUUUGCUUUGUUGUUGCCGGAGACGAGGGGGCGUGGGAUUAGCGAUAUCAUGGAGGAGGAGGAGGAGAAGAUGAGAAUGGGGGUGGGGAAUGUAAAUCCAUAACUAUAAUUAUGGGGAA